ACGUGAACAUUUCUUCAAAAUAAAUAUAUAUACAUAUAUAGAGAUAGAGAGAAUAUAUAAGAAUGACGCUAUUAGUUUCUCUAUCUCUUCUUCUAAUCAUUUUCACAAUAUUUCUUGACCAAUUGCAUGUACAUGCAUCUGAUUAUGAUUUUAGUUACAUGAAAUCGGUAUACAAUGCAACUGACAUGCCACCAUUAGAAGAAUACGACUACAUCGUGAUUGGAGGAGGGACAGCGGGGUGUCCAUUGGCCGCGACUCUAUCAGAAAAGUACUCAGUUCUUGUCCUCGAAAGAGGCAACAUUCCUAAUGCUUACCCUAAUGUCUUGAAAGCCUCAGGCUUUCUAGCUAAUCUCCAACAACAAGACAAUAUUAAUGGCGAUACGCCAGCUCAAAGGUUCACUUCAGAGGAUGGCGUUGAAAAUGUCAGAGGUAGGGUUUUGGGAGGGACAAGCAUGAUAAACGCGGGAUUCUAUUCUAGAGCCGAUAGUGAAUUUCUUUCGAAAUCCGGUGUGGAAUGGGAUUAUGAAGAGGUUGAGAAAGCUUAUGAGUGGGUGGAAGAGAGUAUAGUUUUUCCGAGUUCGAAUUUGUCAGUUUGGCAAAGUGUGGUGAAAGAAGCUUUUUUAGAAGUUGGUGUUGGUCCUGACAAUGGAGUCACUUUAGAACAUAAGGUUGGAGCUAAACAAUCUGGUUCGAUUUUUGAUGAUAUGGGAAGAAGACAUGGAGCUGUAGAGUUGCUUAAUAAAGGAGACCUCAAAAAUUUAAGAAUUGCUGUUCAUGCCACUGUCAAGAAGAUUAUGUUCUCCUCUACAAUGUCAAAACCAGCUGCUGUGGGAGUUGUAUACACAGAUGCAAGAGGAAUGUUUCACAAGGCAAUAAUACGCAACAAAGGAGAAGUAAUACUAAGUGCAGGUCCACUCGGAAGCCCUCAAAUUUUGCUACUUAGUGGAAUUGGUCCACAUUCAGACCUCUCAUCACAAUUUAUUCCCAUACUCUUACCCCAACCCAAUGUUGGAAAAUUCAUGGCUGAUAAUCCACGUAACAACAUUAAUCUCAUAAUCCCAUUUCCUUUCGAUACUUCCACAGCCCAAGUUGUUGGAAUCACUACUGAUUAUUACAUAGAGACUGUCUCUUAUAGCUUGCCAUUUGCUCCAAUUUCAUUACCAUUUAGCUUCUACUCCACCCCAUUAUCUCCACCACAAUUGAGUCUAGCAAGCAUUGUCGAAAAAAUCGUGGGGCCCUUGUCCCAAGGUUCGCUCUGGUUGGCUUCAGCAAUUGAUGCUGAAGCCACACCACGUGUUAGGUUUAAUUAUUUUUCUGAUCCGACUGAUCUCUCUCGUUGUGUUAGGGCAACGAGAAAGAUAGGGGAUUUGCUGAAGAGUCGGUCAUUGGAUCGAUUUAAGUACACUGACUAUAAUGGAGCUAGGGAUUUCAUGUUCUUGGGGGCUCCUGUGCCGGCGAACCACACAGAUGAUUCGUCGAUGGAAGCGUUUUGUCGAAACUCGGUUACUAGCUUUUGGCAUUAUCAUGGGGGGUGUGUAGUGGGGAAGGUUGUGGAUGGUGAUUUCAAAGUGUUUGGGAUAGAUUCACUUCGUGUUGUAGAUAGCUCAACUUUCAAUGCCUCUCCAGGAACCAAUCCUCAAGCCACAAUAAUGAUGAUUGGCCGAUAUGUUGGACUUAAGAUGCUGAAUGAGAGAAGCCGAUCAUGAAAUUAGAAAAUAUUUUACUUUAUAAUUCUCAUAAUUGACUAAAAAUUACUAUAUACCCUAUAUGUAAUAUUCAAAUUCAUGUGCCUUUUUUCUUUUAUUAUUAUUUUGGAUGUAACUUAGGUGGAGAGGCUUAGCCAGAUAUUGUUAACAUUAAUAAUUAUUAGGUGUAUAAUUUAGUAGUAAAUUAUAUAUAAUUCUAUAUCAUAUCUUUAUAUAUUAAAAGUAAUUAUUUAACGACAA